CUCGAUCCAGACCCAAUCUCUCCGUAGCCUCCGUCUCCCGUAGCUUCGCCUCACCCUGCCGCGGAGACGGGGCUCCCGCGAAUCUCCCCAUCGCGAGGCGAUGGCGUCGGCGAGGCUCCCCAUCCCCCCCCCCCCCCCCCCCCCCCCCCCCCCCGCGCCGCCACCUCCUCGUCUCGCGGUUUCGCCGGUCGUCUCCUCGUUCGCUCGUCGAGAUUUUCUUUGCUUUUCGUCUCCACUUCAGCCAGCGAGACCACGCUACUAAUCGAGCGGUCGCCGCAGCUCCGUAGUUUCAGGGGGGGCGCCCACCAGCGGGCGUGCUGAGCUAGGACCGCGAGCGGGCGGGCAGGCAUGGGCUGAAGGGGCACCGCCCGGGGGAUACGAAGUCAACGCCGGCGGCAGAUCCCCGGAGUUGAUCGAUGGGGUCGUUCAAGGGGCACGUGCUGCCGGGGACGUUGUUCCUGGCGGUGGGCGCCUGGCACGUGUGGGCAGCGGUGGCGCGCUUUGCCAUGGACCCGACCGGGUUCCGCCUCCGCAUGUGGAACCCCGUGGGCGUGGGCGGCGGGGCGCUGCGGCACCUAGAGCUCUACGUCGUCGCCGGGGGCACCUUCCUGGACAUGUGCGUGGAGGUGCUCUACUCCACCCACCUCCGCAUAUUCACACCCGGCGGCGGGGUCAACCCGGCCCACCUCAACGACCUGGAGCACGGCGGCAUGCUGCUCAUGUUCUUCCUCUUCGGCGCCCUCGCCCUCCUCUCCCAAAACACCAGGAGGGCCCAGUGGAGGUGCGCCAGCUCCCAAAGAUCAAGGAGAACGUCAAGGACGUGAUGUUCUACUGCUGAGCUCCUAUUGAGCUGUUCCCACCCUACGCUACCAUUACCAUACCCUGAGUUUGUUCUUCGUGAGAGAGAGAGAGAGAGAGAGACCGAGAUGGCUAUGACUCUGUUUUGUCGACUUUGGCUGUGGAGCCUGUUGCUCGUAGCUCUAGCAGUAUCUAGAGUUCCAUUUGGAAGUAGCGAGGAUACCUAUCUAUGACUGAGCUUUAAGUUACAAAGAGGUUUUCCUAUUUGCCC